AUGGGACACUCGCAUCUAACAAGCCCAGGCCCCGAUCCGUCAGGCUUGCAACCCAACUCACGCCUGCUCUCCCUCCCCUGGGAACUCCGCAACAUGAUCUGGAAAGCCGUGUUAGAGAACUCGACCUACCUCAUGCACACCAUUCCCUACCAGUGGUACGACCAAGAGAAGAUCAUCACCACGCAAUGCAGCAUUCUCCCCCCCUCCUACGAAACCACCAGUUGCCUCUCCAUGCACCGCAAACCCGCUCGCCCCUAUCACCUCCCACCCCUACCACCCGACACGAAACUCCCAGAUCCUCCCCUCCCCGGCGCCCUCAGCUGGCUGCGUACAUGUCGCCUCAUCCACGCUGAAGCGGCGCGUCUGCUGGCAGCCAACUCGCCAUCCAUACACAUCUGCGAUCGGAUAACCCUCGCAGUCGCGCUGGGUGGUCGGACCCCGACUCUCCCCGUCUCGACGAUCAAGUCUCUGACGCUCUGCUGCACAAUGAAGGUCGUAUCCGAUUAUGAAGACGGAUUCGCUCCGUCCAUGUAUCAGCCCGCCGGUGGGGGACCCCAUAGUGCACACAAACAGGACAUCUCAUACAAUUCGCACCUCGAGGGAUGGCGGCAAUGGCGCAGACGCUCCUUGAUGGAAGUUCUCCCGACCACGCACCUGCUGACCAAUUUAGAGACCGUGAAGGUACAUGUCGCGUUCGAAUGCUGUGCCUUCCAAGGAAACCAGCGCCCGGUGGUGGGGGAAUUCAAAAAUGGCUGGCCGAAGGAGGGAAGGCUCCAUCGGCCACGAGGCCAGGCGCCGAAGCUCAAGUGGCUUUGGUGCAGGGCGGACGACUUUCGGGAUUUAGUGACGGACCUAUGUUCCGAGACGACGCUGCAAAGGCUUGAAAAGCUGGUGCCGAAUGUACAGGUCGAGUUUGACUUGGCUGGUGUGCGGCAUGAUCCGUGGAGUCUGAGUCUUAAUGUGCGUGAUCGGUGCUGGUGCCGCGGGAGGAAGAUUGAUGAGAGCAGUGUGCCUAUGGAGAAGAUCAGGAGGGUAAUUAGGCGGUAUCUGUUGAAGAAGAAAGAAGAGGGACAGGGGGAAGACGAGGAGGAGGAGGAGGAUGAUGAUGAUGAUGAUGAUGAUGAUGAUGAUGAUGAGGACGAUGAGGAAUAG